AUGAAUGCUCCCAAGGAGCCUAAAGUAAAACCACCUGCUAUUGACGCCUAUGAUGGCAUGUUUGAUCCUGAUGUACACCUCUUGGCCUAUCAACAUCAUAUGUAUGUCCAGGGAACUACUGAUGCAACCUGGUGCAAAUACUUCCCGUCCACUCUGAAAGGCGUUGCCUCCAAAUGGUUCGAGAAGUUGCCUGCGGGAACGAUCAACACAUAUGCCGAAUUGGAGAUGUUAUUUUCAGCAAGAUUUAUGGCUUAUAAAGAAGAGAAAAAGACAAGCAUGCAUUUGGGUCGAAUACAGCAAGGAAAAGAUGAAUCUUUGCGAAGCUAUGUUCGACGUUUCAAUUUGGAAUCAGGACAGAUUCCAGACCUGCCUGGCGGGGUGGCGUUUGAUAAUGUCUUUAGGGGACUUAAGAAGGGAUCCUUUAAGUUCGAUUUGGUGAAGAAAAGUGUGAGAACCAUGGCCGACACUCUGGAUGAGGCCGAGUCCUUUAUUCAUGCCACUGAAAUCUGCUCCGUCCCCAAAGAGUCUAAGGGAACGGAUGCCACAGAUCACCCUCAGCGCAAGGAUAAGUCAGACAAAAAGACCAGCUGUCCGAAUGGGACAUGGGCCAUUGAGAAGAAAGGAUAUCAGGCAGACCGCUCCCAGGGACAGAAGAGAGGAAGACCCUAUGACAAAGAAAGGUUUGAAUACAACACUGACCUGUAUACGAUAUUGCUAGAUGUCAGUGAUAGGUACGAGAUUGAUCAAUCGUUCUCCAUGAAGUCGCCGGUGGAAACUCGGGACAGCUCGCUUUACUGUAAGUUCCAUUGUGAUGUGGGACAUGAAACAAAAGAUUGCAAAUCCCUACGAAGGGCUCUCGAUGGACUAGCCGCUAAAGGGUUCUUGAAAUCCUAUCUCAGCACAAGCACAGGGGGAAGUGGUAAAAAAUUCUACAAGAAAAGCAAGUCACCGUCAUACCGACGUGAUGGCAACGACACUGACCCAGAAAUUGUAGCCGUCAUCUCAGGGGGUCUAGCCGCUGGGGGCCCAACAAUGAGAGGUCAAAAAGACUAUGCAAGCCGGGGCAAGAUCGCCACUCCUCAUGACGACCCCUUAGUUAUUGAAUUGAAGGUAGAAAACCUCAAAGUAAGGCGUACCUUGGUAGAUACGGGGAGUUCGUCGAACAUUAUCAGCACAGCUUGUUUAAGUCGUCUUGAACAUGAUCCAAAGACAAUCGAAAAGAUACAUUAUCCGAUCAUUGGAUUCGGAGGCGGCAUAAUUCAUCCCCAGGGGAUAAUCACUCUGCCCCUACGAGUUGGAGGCCGGCAUCAAAGUAAGAACUUGAACGUCCGCUUUCUAAUUGUAAAGGACCUCACUGCUUACAAUAUCAUACUGGGUCGUCCAACUUUGAAUCAGGCCAAGGCAGUGGUCGUCACUCAUCUUAUGCUCAUGAAGUAUGUCUGUGAUAAAUGUCAGGUUGGCACAAUUCAUGGUGAUCAACAACUAGCAAGAGAUUGUUACCUCACUACGCUAAGUCCCGAGGCUUAG